ACCUUCGUGUAGUCGAGAGGCUUUGACUAGGAUGUCCGGAGUCUUGAGACAGUCACAAGGGCAACACUGGCAGUGUAACCUGACUACCAACAGAGAACGGAUUUCAUCUCUCGUGUCCUCCGGGCAUCUUUCUGAUGUCACUCUUGUCUUCUCGGACAACCGAAGAAUCCAGGCUCACAAGUUGAUUCUGGCAAUGAGCUCACCGGUGUUCGAGGCUAUGAUGUACGGCGCUAUGGCAACUAACGAAAUCACUUUAGCUUGCGACUCUUACGAGAUGUUCCAGUUGCUACUCUGCUACAUAUAUGAGGAGGAGAUCAACCUUUCAGACGUGUUUGUAGGGAUUCAGAUGUACCAUCUUGCACACAGGUACCAAAUGGACACACUCGCUCUCUAUUGCUCCAAGAGAAUUAGCAGUGUCCUCAGUGCGUACUUCAAAAGUCCUGUUCGCCCGCUUCCCCAUGAUCUCCCAUUGUCUGCAGUACUUGAUGGGGGAGGUGACGCCGGCGACAUUACCUCUCGUGUACGACACGGCGCUCUUGCUGGAGGACUUCCUGCUGCUGCAUCACUGUACAGAGGUGUUGGUGAUGGCGGCGGACAACGUUCUGGAGUCUCCCGAGAUCAUCUUUAUGCGAAGGUCGUCCCUGUGGCAGCUCUUAACUAACCGAGGCUCUGCGUGUCCUCUCGGAUUAUAAUCUUCAAGGCCAUCACUGCCUGGGGAGUAGAAAACGCUGGUUACCAUCCACAUCCAGCAGAGACUGGUCUAGCUUUAACACCUCUGGAGAACGCGAGGCGGAACAGAAGCAGCAACAGCCGCCAUGCAGGACAGUCCGGGUCAGUUCUUCAUAAUGGUGCAGAGCGCUUGGACUCCUUCAAACCGGCCACCAGUGAGCUCAAAAAGACGGUGGAGGAGUUCCUGCCCCUCGUGCGUUUCGACGAGAUGUCAGUGGAGGAGCUAGUGACUUGGGUGUUUCCCUCUGGUAUUUUCACCGGCGAUGAAUGUGUAGCUCUAGUCAUGAAUGUGAAAGGCAUUCACACCUCUGCUCUCCCGGCUUCCAUCUCCCAGACGGAGAACAUUGGACGAAAAAGGAUGCAGAGGUCGACUACGUUACUAUCUCUAAAUUCGACGAAUGGUUCCAGCAUUGGAUACAUUUACUACGAUAAAGUGAACGUGAAUUUGCUUCAGAAUAUCCUGAUUAAUAAAUCAAUCUCGUUGCUGGGCGUAUCAGCGACCUGCCUAAUAAGUUUAGUAGACGGAACUUUGACAAUUUUCGAUUCUGCAAAUGAGGUGAUUGAAAGAGGCGUUUGGCAGGGAACAUCUUGCUCCUUCAGACGACCUGUGAGACUCUUACCUACCAAGUCUUACAAAAUUGUCUUGACUAAUUCCAACGCCCUGUGCGCGUACCACAUCAACACCUUUGUAUCUGAGAUACAAGAUGGGGUGUCAUUUUCUGGCCAGACCACCUGCAAUGGUAAGAUAGUUCUAACCUACCUUACUGACGCUGCGCAUGAAGAAUAACUUAGAUGUAGUUACGUGGAAGUUGACUUCGGGUCUACGCAGUAGAUCUGCAUGAAUUCCAAAUGAGACCUGGAUAUAUUUUUCCCCAGAUGUUUUUACAAAUUAAAAUAGCUUCAAUCAGUUGCAAGAAAUUACACAAUUCUUGACUAUAAUAUAUAAAUACACGUAUACAUAUACAUGCAAAUAAGAUCACAAUAAACAGGUGGUAUCACAACAUGCAGAAUAACCCACUGUGGAAAAAAAAAUAGUAUAAUUCCAAGCGAUUUCGUGAUCUUACGUUAUCGUUGAUGAGAGAAAUCACGAAAGAGUUCAGAUUUUUUUGAAGUUAUUUUGAGAUAUAAAUUAUAUAUAUAAAUAAUUACACAUACUCGGGGCCAGGAGCUGUGACUCGACCUGUAAAACCAAAAUUGAGUACGUACACACGUGCAUAGCAUUAGUUCAAGUAUUUUAUCCAUCCAUUUUAUUCAUUUACUUGUUUUUUUCUGUUGCAUAAUUUUCUGUAGUAAUUUUUUUUUUGACUUAAAUUUCCAGUUUUCAUUUUUAUCUUUGACAAAAGUUCUUGACAGAAUUUAAUUUUCUAGGAAUUCACUUUUAUAUGUAAAUCAGUUUUUAAAGUGGAUAUAAAAAU